AAAUGAGUCAACGGUCACGUGACCACAAUAGCUUGGGUUCAUCGCGGCAUGAUUGGCUCGUUUCAUCGUUUGCGUGCGUUUUACUGAGAAGAGCAAGGAGUUCUUUCGCCUUUCGUGUGGAAAAUACAUUAUUGUGUGUCAAAGUUUGUUAUUGUGACAAAAAUGUAUCCCACUAAGUAUACAAAAACAAGAAAAACUGUAACAUCUUCAUCAAAUGCUAGUGUUGUGUCAUCAGAGCAAAGCCCGCUACAAUCUAGCACUCCUGUAGGAAGCCGCCCUUCUAGUUCUGCCGGUCGUCCAAGCAGUCCACUUAGUCCUACCAGGCAAAGCCGUUUGCAAGAGAAAGAUGCAUUACAAAAUCUCAACGACAGGUUGGCUGCCUAUAUCGAUAAAGUACGCCAGUUGGAGAGUGAGAAUUCGGGAUUACGUCGUGAAAUACAAACCACACAGGAGGUGGUCACCCGCGAGGUUUCCAACAUUAAAGGAAUGUACGAGCAUGAACUCCAAGAUGCCAGGAAACUGUUAGAUGAUACAUCUCGAGAGAAAGCUAAACUUGAAAUUGAUUUGAAGAGAUUGUACGAAGAGAACGACGACCUGAAGAAGCGCCUAGACAAGAAGACAAAAGACUGCACUCAAGCAGAGAAUUUGGCGCGUCACUACGAGACUCGUUUCACUGAGGAAAGCAACAAAUACAAUACUGCCCUUGCUGAUAAGAAGAAAGCGCAAGAUGAGGCAAAGGACCUCGCCAAGGAGUUGGAGAAGCUGCGUAAAUUAUAUGCUGAUACCCGUAAGACUUUGGAAGAGGAGAUGCUCUGUCGCAUUGAUAUGGAAAAUACGGUGCAAAGUCUCAGAGAGGAGCUUUCCUUCAAAGACCAGGUGUUCCAACAGGAGCUGCAGGAGACUCGCACUCGUCGUCAAGUGGAAAUCUCUGAGAUCGAUGGUCGCCUCGCUCAACAAUAUGAGGCCAAACUACAGCAGAGUCUACAGGAAUUACGCGAACAACAGGAGGCAAACAUCAAGGCGAAUCGCGAAGAAAUCGAAGCGCUUUAUGAAAAUAAGUUGAAGAAUCUCCAGAAUGCAGCUAGCCGCAACAGCAACGCUGCAACAGUGGCCGUCGAGGAACUGCGCACAAUGCGCACUCGCAUCGAUUCCCUCAACUCUCAGCUGAAUGAUUUAGAGAACAAAAAUGCUGCUCUUAGCAACCGUUGCCGCGAACUCGAGCGUCAAUUGGAGUCGGAACGCGCCCGCCACGCCGAGGACCUCGCCUCCCUCGAGCAGGAGCUGGCCAGGCUCCGGGACGAAAUGGCCGCCCAGCUGCGGGAGUACGCCACGCUCAUGGACAUCAAGAUAUCGCUCGACCGUGAAAUCUCUACCUACAGAGCACUUCUUGAAGGAGAGGAAGACAGGUUAAACCUGACAUCUCAGUCGCCGGGGCGAGAGUCUCGCGCGUCAGGCAGCGGCAGCGCGUCGGCCAGCGGGUCCCGCGUCACGCCGUCCCGCCGCGCCACGCCGCUGCGCGCCGCACGCAAGCGCACCCUGCUCGACGAGACCGAGGAGCGCUCGCUGCAGGACUUCAGCGUCACCUCCAGCGCCAAGGGAGACCUCGAGGUCGCCGAGGCCUGCCCCGAUGGAACGUUCGUGAAGAUCAGGAACAAGGGCAAGAAGGAAUUAAGCCUCGGCGGAUAUCAGAUCCUGCGCAAGGCGGGUGAUCAAGAAACCGUGUUCAAAUUCCAUCGCACCGUGAAGCUGGAGCCGGGCGCCGUGAGCACGGUGUGGUCGGCCGACACGGGCGCCUCGCACGACCCGCCGCACGACAUCGUCAUGAAGGGACAGAAGUGGUUCGUGGCCGAUACCUUCACCACGGCUCUGCUCAACAACGAACAGGAGGAAGUCGCAAUUUCUGAACGUCAACGACGACAGAUAAGCACGAGCGCACAGAGACACCGCGAGCUCGCACACAAGUAUCCGCGCCGAGAACAGAUCGGAGAGAUCCGCGAAGGUGAAGAGAAUUGCCGCAUCAUGUAAAGAGUCGUCGGUCACGCCCUGGACAAAUCCAUCCGGGUGAAGAUACUCGGUGCCUCAUAUUUCUUCCUUUGGGAUCUUUCGACUCUGCCCUAUGGGCAAUAUCUAACUCUAGAACAACUUUUCAGCCAGCUUCAGCGCUCUGUCUGUCAUAUUUGUGGUUUGUUUCAUAAAGUAGUUUUAAAGAAAAUAAGGUGCCUCGGAAAGUACAAAGCUUUAGACGUAACCGAUAUAAUGUCCUAUUUUAAAUUUCUUUGACGUCAUUUAUGUUUUUCGUAAUAAUACUGCAUAGUGGGUGGGUCUUCUUUCAGUGAAUCAUUUUAUUACAUUUAUCUCUUGAUUGUGACAUUUUGUGUUUGUUAAAAAGCUUUCGUCGACACAGCGCUGAAACUGCCGUAAAUUGACUAUAAUAUUAAUAGUGAAACUGUGGCCCUGUUGUACGCGUAUUGAAAAACCUAAUUUCAAAUUUGAACAUUGAACCAUGGAAAUUGUCGUCGGGAAACAGUUCCAAAAUUAAGUUAUCGUCUAUUAUACAUAUAUUAUUAUAUAAGUUUAAAAUAUUUUGAUAAUCACAUUGACAGAGAAAUGUAUUACGGCGACAUAAGUGUUCUUUUUUUUAAAAAUAACAUUAGGUAUAUAUGUAGGUGCGUAGGAACACCGCAACUUGGUGUAUUUUUUACGUGAACAAAGUACAAAGUGAGUUCACUAUAUUAUUGGUAAGUAUAAAAUAUCAAAUCUUUUAUUAAUAUAUACCCACCCCGCACUAAGCCGUAGCGAAUAAGAAGUUUUAUGUCAUUAAUUUAAUAAUUUCCUUCGCGCUUCAUAGUGAAACGGUAGAUAAAAUCUAUCAACGUAAUUAUAAUUAGUGACAUUGAACUGGAAUCAUUGUAAUAGGUUAAGUGAUAAAUAACAGUAUCGAAAGUGAAUUAUCAAACAAACGGAAGAUCAUAAACCACAUGAACAGGACAGGUGCAAGUCUCAAAUGAAAGGCUCUCAAUGUAAAAGAAAAAGCAUUUAUGAAAAUAAAAAUGUUAAAUUUAAGUAAAUACAAUUAAUUUGCUAUAAACUAGUUUAUAUUCUGUUUAGUAUAAAAUUGUGUUUUCUACAUUCACAUGGAUUUUUGUUUUCUAAUCAUCAAGAAGAAUCUUUGUUUUCACGAUUGUUUUAAAUUUAUCACAAAGUAAUCAUGAGCACUUUAAAUUUGGACCCAAUUUGUAUUUGCCAUGUGUAAUACAUAUUAAUAAAGUUUUAAGUGGA